CUUGGCUUCUCUCUUACGCCGAUCCUUUAGGGUUUACCCCGAUCGCCAUGCCGACCUCGAGUCCGCGCGCGUUCUGGAGCACGUACUCCACCGGUCGAAGACGGGCGGUGAUCUGCAGCGCUUUGCUGCUGAUCUGCUCAGAUCGGAUGUCCUCGCGGCUCGGUCUGGUGAUGCCAAGAUCAUCCGCUCGGCAAGUGCUGUCAGGCGGCUUCUUCCUUGGCGCCCAAACGGCUGGGGCUGAAGGCUUGGAUGCUCUUUUGCAGAAGAGGAGCGGCAGGGACCUUACAAGUCCCAUCUUCAACAUCCCCCCGAAGCAGCAGGUCUAUCCUGAUUGGCUCGAGGGGAACUGGUCCGUGCGGAGUCGCUUCGUGGGCUUCGAGUUUCCCACCUUGCCCCGGCAGCAAGUGAUGCGUGAGGAGGAUGUGCCUGGAUUCAAGACCUGCUCCAUCAUCGACUUUGCUGAUGUGGGGAAGUCCCCAUUAGAGUACAACAUGAGCUUCGUGAAGAGAUCGACGGACGGAGGAGUCGUGGAGGAUUGGCCCUCGAACCUUUGUUCCACGGUACAGGCGCACCUCGCCCGAGGCCGAGUGACCAGCGUGGACUACAGCCCCAGCCAGGAUCCGAACCGGCUCACCAUGAGGCUCGUCGCCUCGAAGAACGCCGAGCGCGUGGAGCUCUUCGUGAACGCCCGGGACGCCGAACGGCCCAAGGAGGAUGUCUUCCUUUGCAGCGAGUAUCGGCGACAGGUGACCUUCUCCAGCCGCGUGCAGCAGGGAUACAACUGCAACUACCAGCACUACCGGACCUUCCAACGUGCCGCUGCCAGGGAAAGUGUGGUGAGACAGAUGGGUACUCCAAUCGAUUGGAGAGGGAUGGGGAGGGAGGAGCUGGAGAAGUAGCUUGCAAGCUGAUUGGUUCUUCAAGCUUCACAGGAUGUGCACUAUAGUGCACUUGCCACUCAAACUUUGAGAUGCAGCUAUCCCUUUCUGCACUUGUGCAGCAGCAAGAUACACACCCUUAAAAAACAAAAACAUGAAAGUUGAACACCUGUUUGUAGAGGAAAAUGGUAAUCCAAGGGGCUAUUUGCCACUUCCAUGAUUGUUCCAGGGAGUGUGUAUAACUGUAUAAAUAUGUAUAAAUAAUUUGAAGUCUGGAGCUAGAGUUCUCAGAAGAACGGCCGUUUCUCUUAUGCAGCCUUUGCGGCGCAGAGGAGCUUUAGAUUUCAAUUCAGCAUUUGCCACACUGAAUUUGCGUUCAACAGACCUGCAUGUCCUUCAUCUACCUUCAACCAGACUGUCGUUUUACCUCAUGUUUCCAAGGACAGGCGGACGGCGUCCGGCUGAAUGUGCUGACAGCCAGCUAUUUGGAUCCAUUGAGCCCGCUUUAUUUCGAGAGCUUCGACAAGCCGGUGGUGGUCUUUGCGCAUGAGUUGCAGCUUUCGAGAGCUGAGGCGGUGUGACCGGGGAAAA